AUGUCAUGCAUCGAUACUCCAUACAUAGCUUCUGACCCUCCACGUCCAACGACAGCCGGCGGCGGAGCCUACUACUUCGCGAAGAAAUCCAUCAACGCCGACCGUGCAGCCCGAUUCGAGAGCGAAAUGAAGCGCAAGGCGGAAAUGGCUGCCAUGGAAGCCCAGCACCGACGGCAAGCCGCGUACAAUGAACCGACUCCAAACCCGACCGACUCCCCGAGUUUGAAACGCGCCAACAUGACCCGAUUUCAGGGUGCUUCCGACGACGUAGCUUCGCCUAGCGCUGAGGCCAGCCAUGACCCGGCCCCGACCCGCCACGAGCCCGAAACAGAUGCAGAACGUGUGUUAGCGAAGGGGAAAUACGAAGCUGCUCAACCAUUUCGGCCUCCGAAGGGCAAUCGGCUGUGA